AUGACGAACGUGGCCAUCCUCAGUCCGCUGGGGAGCUCGAUGUUCACUCCAGGCAUCUCACAGAUCGCCGAGGAUCUGGACACCAGUGAAAAGUCGGUAAUCGCCACUACGACGGGGUUUGUGAUCUGCCUUGGAAUUGGACCGUUGAUUCUGGCAUCUUUGAGCGAGACAUUUGGACGGCGGAAGCUGUACACCGCCUGUUUCGCGAUCUUCUCCGUGCUACAGGCCGCGUUGGCGUUAAGUCCUAAUAUUGCUGCCUUGAUCACCGUACGGACGACUGCCGGGUUCUUUGGUAGUGUUGGGAUCGCCAAUGGAGGUGGUACCAUCAAUGACGUGUACCAUCCGUCGCAGCGAGCCGGGAUUUACGGGUGA